AUGAUUUCCAACAUUCUGUUUGUGAUCUCUUACAAUGCUAGCUUGGGUACACAAUCAUCUCAACACCUCAAUCUGGAGGACUUUUAUAAAGAGUUUGAGUACUCAUACACUGUAAGAAAACAAGCUGAAGAGAAAUUGCAGAGUUGCUCAACUGAUGCCUUUGAGGUUCUUCAUCAGGCUAUUAUCAAACAAUCAGCUUGA